AUGAUGUUUUCUAUGCCAAAUUCUGAUGAAGGAGGGGAUAUGGAUAUGUAUUCGUAUUCUGGGGAUAUGUAUUCUUUCACUUCAUCUUCUUCGUCUUCCGUUGAUUGCACUCUUUCUCUAGGCACGCCUUCUACUCGUGUCAGUAAUGAGAAGGAAAAGCGACGCUCUAACCUCGGCUGGAAUAUGGCGGCGCCGGCUUCGUCAUCCAACAGAAACCACCGUGGUGGAAGUAACAGCAACGUCAAUUCCGGCGGGGACCCGCUCUUGGCUCGGCGUUGUGCGAAUUGUGACACCACUUCUACUCCCCUCUGGAGGAACGGUCCAAGAGGCCCUAAGUCACUUUGCAAUGCUUGUGGGAUUCGUUUCAAGAAGGAAGAGAGGAGAGCGUCAGCAGCCACCGCCGGUGCCACCCACAACGGCGGUGCUGAACACCAAGUUUUGGACAGUUCAUGGAUUCAUCAAAACUCACAAACCCAGAAUAUGCCUUACUUUUCUUCAUCAUACAGUAAUGAGUUCAGAUUCAUUGAAGAUGAUGACCGUGACUCUGAUACGGGGACGCCCUUCCUCUCUUGGCGUUUCAACGUAACAGACAGGCCCAGCCUCGUUCAUGACUUCACAAGAUAG